AUGGAGAGCCCCUGCAACCUGAGGUCAUUCCAGCUUUCACUAGCACUCCAUGCUCUUCAACAGCCAUUGUAUCAGAGUCCUCUGGGGAAAUGGGUGAAACUGUGCCUUCCCUUGAGCUCCUGUGGGGAGAUGGGUAGAAGACCUGCAAGUCUCCUGAACUACCCUACUCUGAAUUCAUUGAGCUCUUCCAAGGAGGCUGAUAGAACUGGGCAUCCAAGCCUCUUGGAUACAACUAUGCCAAACUCAUCAAACAUAUCCUCUGUUCCCACCAGCAACACUGAAACCAACCAAGGGCACAAUAUCCACAGUUUCACUGCACAGGUAUCCACUUUGGGCACUGGGUGCACCCCUCUUGCAGCCAGGGAUGCUCUGACUGAGAGAUCACUGCCCACAUCUAUGACAACUGGUGGAACUGUAUCUGCAACACUUCCCUCUGGCACAGCUCUGAUGCUGCCCAAAUCAGUCUCUGUCACAAGAAUGUCCAUGAAAAUCUAUGGUGUCAAUCAUCACUUUAUGCUGUUCCUGUUGACUGGAAAUCAGCCACUUGCAGGCCCCAAUCCUGCAAUGCUGGUGAAUUCUGGAGAUCUGUACCUGCACCAGUACCACUUGAACACCCAGAUUUGGGUGAAGGAGACUAGUGGCUGGGUCAUUGGUUGGUUUGUGCACCUACACUCUUUGUUGGUUGACCAUUGA